CAGAGGGAGAGAAGGAGCGGGAGAGCGGAGGAGAGCAGCAGAGCCGGCCGGGGUCCCGCUCCGGGAGGGAGGCAGGAGGGCAGGAGCGGAUGGCACCGGGGUCCCUCCCGGGCGCGGGCCUUCCCCCCAGGGUUGGAGCAAAGCGUUUCCUCGGGCUCCAGGUGGAUUCAUUCUGAAACUAGUGCUCAAAGACGUGAGACACCAUUGGUAAAGGAGGGCCAGAAUAGCUUACCUUGGAGCAAUUUAAAUCUACUUCUACUCUGCCUCUGCCAGCACUCAUUUUUCUCUCUGUGACACACAGUGCAGGGAGACCCUCCAGGGAAGUGAAGUGACUUCCUAUCUGUCUCAGAGGCUGUGAUAUUGCCCAGGUCCAGGGUCCUUCUUCCAGAGGUGUCCUAGGUCCCCAGAACCCAGAGGGGACAUUCCCUCAGCUGCAUCACAAACCAGCUUUCCCAGAGGAGUAAAAAGAGCAUACCAUGUUUGGCGCUCAGGUGUUCCAGCCACCACCCUUAGGGACCAGACCCAGUGAAGGAAGAGCUCACUCUGGUGACUUUGGACUUCCUGAGGAAGGCUACAAGUGUCCAGCUGUGGAGCCCAAGGAGGGCAGGUUGAACAUGCUGGAAGAUUCAGAACAGGCCAGUCUUUUGGACCUAGAUGAGGAAGAGGAAAAAGGCUUGGGCAGAAUAUCCUGUGGAAUGAGGAAAGAUGGGUCCCAGCUGUCAAAUCCUCUGCUGGCCCAUUUGGCCUGUGGUCCUAGGCAAGCCCUUGGAAGAUCCCAUCAGACAUGUGGCACCGACCAGGACUGGAAGGUAGCCAGAGUCCAACCUGUCACAGUUUCUAGCCCCAGCUCAGCCCAGAAACCAGCCUUGAGUCGCAGUACCAGUCUCACCGAGAAGGACCUGACAGAGGCCAGGGUGCAGAGCCAGCGCAUCGCUGCCCAGCUGACCACCCCCCCCAGCUCCAACUCCCGAGGGGUCCUGCUCUUCCACAGGCGCCGGCAGAGGGUGAACGAGUUCACCUUUGAGAGCGUUGGGAGACAGGGGCCGGCGCCUCUCCCUGGGCACUGCUCUCGGAACCCGCCUGCUGAGAGUCCAGACCAUGUUCCAGAGCUCUGCCUGAAUCCCACCGCACGCGCCCUGUGCCCAAGCCCUUCUGCAUCCCUUGGAAUUCGGGCCCCGGAAGCAGGGAACCCUCGCUUCGCCAUGGAGGGGCCUGGGGAGAAGGCAGACGUCCUGACGCAGAGACCCCUGGAGAAGGCGGCCAGCGAGGAGGAGGAGAUUCCUUUGGUGGUCUACUUAAAGGAGAACGCAGCCUUACUCACGGCCAACGGGCUCCACCUCUCCCAGAGCAAGGAGCCCCAGAAAGGGCCGUCAGCGGCCGAGGCAAAUGCUCUCCCUCUGGAUGUUAAUCAGAAUCCUUCCCUGGCCGAGACUGCGCCCACCACGCUGGUGAGCGACGAGAACCAGAACCCCCCGGAGACGGACGCCGGGCAGAAGGCCCCAGCCCGCGGCACCCAGCUGGGCGUGUCCGAAGCCCAGGGCCCACAGGACGGCCCCAUGGCUGACUUGGAACCCAGUGCUCUGCUCAAGGAUGAGGGAGCCCACCCAGCAGCCCCAGACUUGAGUUCCAGUGCCCUGAUUAACGAGGUAAAGCCGAGUGCCGUGACCCCCGACAGCAGGGCCGGCCCCCACUCUGAGGUCCUCCCCAGCCCCACCACGAACGUCUCCAAUGUCAAGUCUAGCGUCUUGGUCAUUGAUGUCAAGCCCAGUGCCCCAGCAGCGGGGCCGGAGCCGUCUGGACCCGCCGUCGGCGCCUCAGCCCCCAAGCAGCACAGCGAAGUCCACCUCACCCUGGCCAGGCCGCAGUCGGUGGUCAACAGGACGGCCAGGCCGUUCGGGGUCCAGUCCCAAGGGAUCAACAGCCAGCUGGAGCGUAGCCCCAUGCUGGAGAGACGGCCCCUGGGGGAGCGGGGCCCCAGAGCCCCGGCACACCCCAUCGGGCAGAGGAGCCCCCAGGUGCAGAGGCACGCUGUGAUGGUGAGGAGCCCCAUGCUGGAGAGACGGCCCCUGAGAGAGAGCAGCCCCACCGUGGAGAGGGGCCUGGUGGUGGAGAGGCCCGGAAUGGGCCAGAGAAGUCCUGUCCUGGAAAAGCGUCCCCUGGCAAACUUCACUCCGCCCCCCACCUACGCAGAGACCUUGUCCACGGCAGCUCCAGUCUCCAGGGGCAGAUCCCCCCCUUCUUACUCUGUUCUGUACCCCGGCACCGAACACAAACCAGCUCUCCUAAAGGGGCCGAGCUACGGCGAGGGCCGAUCCGUAUCUGCCCCCAAGACUGGCAUCUUGGAGGAGUCCAUGGCCCGCCGAGGCAACAGGAAGUCCAUGUUCACCUUCGUGGAGAAGCCCAAAGUCACCCCCAACCCUGACCUCCUGGAUUUGGUGCAGACGGCGGAUGAGAAGCGGAAGCAGAGGGACCAGGGGGAGCUGGGCCCCGAGGAGGAGCCGUUUGCCCUUGGGGCUGAGGCGUCCAACUUUCAGAACGAGCCCCCUCCCCGGGACUGGUCGAGCCCCACCUCCGAGGACACCCUCCCAGAGUGGUCUUCAUGCCUGAAGUCCCCCAGCAUCCGGGCCAAGCCUCAGCCAAAACCGAACCAAAACCUCACUGAGGCCACGGGCAAGGGAGCCGAACUGUAUGCCCGACGUCAGUCCCGGAUGGAGAAAUACGUGAUUGAGUCACCAAGCCACACCGAGCUGGCCCGCUGCCCAUCUCCCACCAUGUCCCUGCCUCCCUCCUGGAAAUACUCCAACGCUCCAGGGUUCCCGGGGGGCUUCCGGGUGGCGAGCCGGAGCCCGGCCCGGACCCCCCCUGCGUCUCUGUACCAUGGCUACCUGCCGGAGAACAGGACUCCACGCAGGGAGGCAGAGCCCCCCAAACAGCAGCCUUACCAGCUGCAGUCCUCGCUCUUUGUUCUCACUCCCGCCAAGGAGCCAGCCAAGGCCCUGGCCCGAGCAGCCUCCCCUGCCAAGCCGGUGUCUCUCGAUCUGGAGCCCGUGGGGAGGCUGGGCCCCUGCCCUUCUCCUGCUCUGCCUCGGGCGGCCCGCUCUUCACCUGGCCUGUGCCCCUCGCCGGUGGGCCCCGGGGGUCUCGUCCAAGAUGUCAGCCAGAUGAGUGGCAGCAGCCCCACCUUUGGAGGCGAAGUCUCCCCGGUGUCUCCUUCCCGGGCAUGGUCUCCCAGAGCCAAGGGCCAAGCUCCCAGACCCUCCUUCUCUACACGGAACGCAGGGAUUGAGCCCCAGGAAAGAUGGGAAUGUCGCCCCACCUCCCCUUCCGAGGCCCCCAGCUCGCCGAGGCCAGCCAGCAGCCUAGACGGCUGGGUGGGCCGUGGCCCUUCCGAGUUCUGCCCGAUGGUCACCACAAGCAGCCCUCCCCCACCCCCACCCAUGUCCCCCUCCUGGAGCGAGCGCUCCUUGUCCCCAAUGCAGGCCGAGCCCAGGGGCAGCAGCCGCCAGAUGCAGGCCCUGGUUGCCAGGAACAUCAUCAAUGCUGCCCGCCGAAAGAGCUGCUCCUCCCCCAAGUCCCCGGGGGCAGAGUGGCUGAGGCCCCUCUCCACCACGCAGGCCCUCCCCCCGGCCAGCCCCAAAGGGCUGGCCGGCCCCUGCCCUCCUCUGAAGAGCCCCCCGGGAGAGGGCCAUCGCCUGUCCUCCCUGCCUGGUGGUACCUUCUCCCCCAUCUUGAAGAGCCCCCUGCCCUCGUCCCCGGCCCCCUCGGGGGACGGCCCCCGGCCCUUCCUCCCCAGCCCCAGGAGCCCCGGUGCCACCAGACCCUUGGGCUUCACGAGUCCGGUGCCCUCCCCUGGCCCACAGGCUCACUCACUUGCCAAGCCCUAUAUCAGCCGCUCACCCACAGACUCUGACGUCGACUCUGAGGACUCGGGACUCAAGUCCCCCAGUAUCCGGGGCUACAGCGUCUGCCCCCGGGGCUGGAACGGGGGCAGCCUGCGGCUCAAGAGAGGCAGCCUCCCUUCGGAGACCUCCUGUACCUCCUAAGCCACCUGGCCUGGGGGCGGAGAGGGAGAGAUGCUGGGGUGGGUGGGGGCUUCAGGGUGGGGGGCCUGGGUGGGAUACCUUCCCAGGAAGGGCUGGGGACGGCUGGGGACAGCUAGCAUGGGAGCAUCCUCUACUUCCCCAGUUUCAAACCCCUUUGGGGAGGGGACUCCUGACUCGGUCCCCAUUACCCCCAGCGGGGAGAACCAAGUGUUUCUGGGUUUCUUUCCCACCACUCUGCCACCUAGUGGCGCAGUCAGUCCCCGGCUAAGUCCCCCCCAAAGCCAGCUCUGGGCUCUUUGGGACCAAGGACUGAGAUUCAUUGUCCUCCCCCUACCCGCUUUCUCGCCGGCCUCGGAGACCUGGAGGUUUGAAGGGCAGGAGACAACUUAGCGGCCCCAAGGGCCAAGUGUGAAGGGGGCCGGCCCCUCCCAGGGAAGCUGGGAAGCCAAGCUGAGGCGGCUCCUGGACGCAGUGCCAGCGGCUUGGCAGGGCCAUGUUUGGCCAGUGUCAGGUGCUUUCCAUCCCCUCCGUGACCCCAUCCUCUAUUUUUACCACAGUGACCUUUAAAGGCAGCUUAGCUUCUGCUAGUCCUUUAGGUGCCAAACCCUGCCCUUGGAGCUCUGCAGUUGCGGCAGCCCAGUGGAGGGACAUGGGAAGGGGGAAUCGAGAAGAAGGAACCUCCAAAUUGACAGGAACAGUGGUCCUGCUCGGGGCACUGCUGGGUGGGUUUGGCGUACCCCUGCCCACGGGCUCCCUUCCAGAUGCUGUAGGGUACCAGCUCUAGCAUGGACACACACAGUGUAAGAAAAAACAUACUUCCCCUCCCAACCCUGCAGUUUAAACCAAAAACAUGAAAAUUGAAGAUAAAAUCAGGGAGUGUCCAACCCCAAAGGGGUCUCCAAACCUCCCAUACCCCUCCACCCUUCCCUUCAGCACCCCCAUACCCAUUAUCCCAUCCUAAGCAAAAGAAUAAAAUCUUAACUGGGUAAAGAGGGAGUGAAGGGACAAUUAGGCUUGAGCAUUAGAUCAGGGUGGGCAGGGGACUAGGGAUGAGGAGCACCUUUCCCUUCUUUGGGUCUUCUCUCCCUCGGGCCUCAUUCUAUCCCGUGAGCCCCUGUCUCAUGCACCCCUGACUCUGCUCAGUGGGGAGAUGCAUUCACCUGGGCAUUGCUUGUCAGGAGAUCUGGCCCCAGUAAGCUCAGCCAUGUUUCUCUUCCACCCCGCUGGGCCAGAUGCCCCUCGCAUCCAGCAUCCUGUGCCAGAUGCCCCUCGCAUCCAGCAUCCUGUGCCAGCAGUAUGGCCCCGAGCCCUAAAAGGGGAGGAAGCAGUUGGUUUGAAAACCCAGGCCCAGGGCCCCUCCUGGGGGAACAGACUAGCUACUGCAAGGGCUUCCCCCUCAGGUGUGCCAGUGAUGGAGGCUAACUCCGAUGGGUGGGGCCUGCUCAGGAAGGACGGCAAGUGCUUUUCUGAGGGGCAGAAGUUGGUGAAGAGCAGGCUGAGGAAGAUGUGGGUGCACCAUGGAACCUCUUGCCUGGAGGCUACCCCGCCUGGGGGGACACUGGUCUCCCAGAAGCCUGUAGAGAAAGCAGGAGUGAGGAAGCUUUGGAAAUCCCCGGGCACAUUAAGUCACCGGGGCCAGGACAGGUAAUGGGAGGCAGGACAGGGCGCUGAAGCUGGGCCUUUCCUCUCCUUUGUGCUGGUAGCUGUGCAGACUCCCUGGGUCUCCUUCCCCUCCGAGGAACGUGGGCCUGGGUGAGUAUGGUCUGGGUUGAGGUCGAGUUCCUUUGAGAAGGUAUGAGGAGAUGUAAAUAUGGCUCUGUGUUCCUGUUCUCUCCAGUCUCUCUCCCCGUCCCCUGCCUCUGUCCCCUGCCUAUCUCCUGGGCUUGUCAUGCCUUGCUCUCACCUGCUCAAUAAAUAAAUACUCGCCUCACCCCAGCCACUUCCUGUGUAAUUAAUAGCUGCAUCUGGAAAACUCAGCUUUUCCUGGGUUGUUGCGAGAUUCCCAGAGUCCAGGGGAGCUGGUGGGAGAACUACAGCUCCUGGGGGCCCAGGCCGGGUGAGGCAGCCUGUGGCACGCGGAGGAGGCACGCUGUCCUACUUGCACACUGUGGCUGCCUCCCCUGUGACUGAAAUUUGCUGGAGGGAGAUGGCUCUCAGAGCUUUCUGGCCCAUGAGUGCCUCCCUUACUGACUAACAUUUUGGUGAACUGCAAAAACACUGAGAGAAUUAAGAGAUCUGGGUCCGCUAACUUUGUGUGACUGGGAGUAAACCCUAGGAAUUCUUUUUGGCCUCGGUUUCCCCAUCUGCAAAGUAAGCGAUUUAAACUCUUGCAGGCCUAAAACUUUAUGUCUAUGAAGUUUUGGGGGCAAGGAAGGAAUUGCUAUCAGAGGGGAUUAUUUUGAUUUCAAUGUCGUGUCAAUAAAGAGGAGGAGGUGGGAAUAGGGUGGGGAUUUGGGUCCUCCAAGCCAGGCAGGUAAAUCCAGUAUGGUUUGGGGUACCUAGCAGAGAGUUAGGACUCUCCCUGAGACUAAAAGCUCAGGACCAGCUAUUUUCUGGCAAAUUUAGGCUCAGAAGUGGGGCGACUGGCUGGAUAUCAGUGUCAUACAGGCCCUGGGAAUGGCUGGAAUGCUGGGGUCUGAAGCCUGCGGGAUUCUAGGAAUUUGGGGAAUGCUGGAUUGUGGGAAUGUCUAUUUCCUUAGGAUGCUGGCAUGGGAUCUCAUGUCCAGGUCCCCUGAGAGUCUCCUUUUAAGGAUUAUCCUGCUCUUUACUAACAGAUGAGGAAAGAAAGCAACCAGAAAAUGUUGCAGCUUCCUAGUCUGGGUUUGAUGCACCCCUUUAUAAAUCAGAUUGUUUGGAGGUAGGGGUGACAGCCAGGGUUGAUUGCCUCAGGCACUUCAGUGUGUUAUUUGUGACCUAAAGUGGUCAGUUUCUGAGAUCUAAAGAGGCCAGUUUCUUUUGGGUCCAUAGGAGAACCAUCUGUCCUGAUACGGGGUUCCUGAGCUGAAGGUCAUGGGCCAGAAUGGGGUUCUGGAACUGUAGCCGUAUAGAAUAGCACAGUAAGUUUAAGGGACACUCAGUCUGGGACUGGGUAGUUUUCUUCCAUAUGCCUCUUACUUCGGUGUAUUAUUUCUAAGAGUGUAUAUUCUUUUCUCUUGUAAAUAAACACUGGAAAACUUACUCUUAUAAUCCGCAAAUGUGUGGAGAGGGAGGGAAAAGUGAGAAGAGGAACAUUCAGUAAUUGUGACCAUGGAAUGGGAAAAGUAAUUAAGGAUGAAAUGGAGCCAGAACCCAGAAAACUAAGCAAGCUUAGGAACCAGGAGGGUUAAUAGGUUUGGUGACCUGAAUUGGGGACUCAAUGACUGGGGCAGUUUUAGUAGUAAAAGAUCAUUAAAAAACAUUCCAAUAAAGAUAGCACACAUUACAAAACAGUUAAUUAUCAAGGCUAUCUGGUGUGGGGGAAAAUGAGGGAAAAAAGAUCAAAGAAAUAGAAUAGGUAUACUAGAAGUCCAACCAAAUGAGUAAAAAAUAUUAGCUAUUUUGAUAAAUCUAUAGAAAAUUAAAACUGGGGAAAAAUUCAUAAUUUAACAAAUGGAGUUGCGAAAGUUGGUAGAAUUUGGAUGGACAUGGGUUUAGAUCCAACAUAUAUACCUUAUUGAAUUCUGGCUGGAUGACAGAAUUACACAUUAAAAAAAAACACUUUAAAAAGGAAGAAAAUAUGUAUUUAUCUCAAAUGUGAUGGUUAGAGGACUUUUUUUAUGAAGAAAUGUUGGGAACGGGAUGGAUAUUCUUGAUGACAUUAAGUUAAAAAAUUGUAUAACAUUUUAACUAAAAUGAGAAAAAUGAUUCUGAAAAUGUUCAUGUAGAACAUAACAUAACAAUUUGAUAUCUAAAGUAUAUAUAAUUAUUUAAAAUUCACAAAAGUGAAUUUUCCAGUCCAUAGUGGAUAAAUGGUUAAAGAAUAUGUACUGAAUAUUUUCAAAAAAGGAAACAAAUUAAUAACCACUUAAAAUGUUCAACCACACUGGUUAUGAGCCAAUUAAAACAAGUUUAAAGUACCAUUUCACAACUGUCAAAUUGGCAAAAAUAAUGAGAAGGAAUGAAGCAAUGCUGGUAGAGUUGUGAAGAAAUAAAUAGUGCAUUCAUUUCUUGUUGGUAGAAU